AUGGUGACGACACCUGACAUGUCCGAGUCACAGCGGUCCCAAGACGGGCAACACGCUGACCUCGUAGACGAGUGGACAGUGCACAUGUUUGAACUUGUGGUCACUGUGGGUUUCACCCAGGUGUUGUGCGUACUAGGCACGGGUUCGAACAUGCUGAACAUUGUGGUGUUCUGGCGUCAGGGAUUCGCGGAGUCGGUGAACGUCAGUUUGUGUGCGCUGGCCUUCUCGGAUCUGUGCGGUCUGAUCACGCUACAAGUGGCGAACGUGUGCGCCUACCCGUGGUUGGACAGGGAGUGGAACCUUCCCGUGGAGCCGCGGGAAAUCACGUACCUGGCCGGCGGCUGGCCCCACCUGUGCUUCGCGCGCAUCUCCAGCUGGAUCACGGCCUACGUGACGUUGGAGCGGUGCUUGUGCAUCGCGGUGCCGCUCCACGUGAAGCGGCUGAUCACGCCGCGCGUCACGCUGACCGUGGUGGUGGUCAUCCACGUGGCGCUGGUGGGCAGCGUUCUCAGCGAGUACGCCACUCUCUACCUGGACUGGAGCUGGCACCCGGCCCGGAACGCCAGCGUCAUCCGCCUGGUGGCGCGCCCCACCCGGAAGGAGGUCGAGGGUGUGGCACACCUGGUCAGCUUCAUGACCCAGUUCGUGUCCUUCGUGGCCGUUGUCCUCUUUACCCUGGUGCUGGUCGUCAAGUUGAAGGAGACCCGCGAGAAACGCGACAGGAUGACGCGCGGUGAAGCGGCGUCACGCGCGGACGACAGGCAUGAUAAACACGGUCACAAGAGAAGCGACGGCAGCGGCGGCGACAGCGCUCUCCCAAAAUCCGCAAACAAACCCUUCUCUGCCCGACACGCCAACAACAGCAGCGGAGGCAGUGGUGGAAAACGCGACCGGAAAACGGAGAAGAUGAUCUUGCUGCUGGCGUGCGUGUUCAUCGCCUGCUUCACGCCCAGCACCGUGGCCUUUCUCUUCGUCAUGCUCUACCACGAGUUCAGCGUCCACGGCCGCUACCGCAACACCUGGCUCCUCGUCUGGUCCGGCUGCUUCGCCCUGGAGGCGUUCAACGCCAGCGCCAACUUUGCGCUCUACUACCACAUGAGCUCUCGCUUCCAGAACACGCUGCGGCUCAUGUUCCCGCGAUUGUUCGCCCACUCUCCGUCGGUCACUGCGGCGCAGAACAAUAAGGGAACUGUCAAGAGAAACUGA